AUGUCUGAAAACCAGAUUCAUGUUUAUUUUAAUCGAAACAUCUCUAAGUGGAAUAUUAAAGACUUCUUAGAUAACUGUAAACUCAUAGAUAUAAGUGACAAAAUAAUUAAAAGUGAAUUUGGUGGUGAUUGCGGAAUCUCGAGGGUCUCAUAUCUUUCAAGUCUCAAGGGCGAGCUAUUAAGAUAUACAGAACAAUGGGUCAUAGCAUCAGAGGCUACUGAAAAUAGGAGU